UAUCAAAAAAGAACUAUCGAUCAGACGCGAAGUAAACAACAUCUUAUGGUGGAAGAUCAAGGACGACUCAUGGGGACAUGGGGACCCGAAUGGCCAUAUACUUUAGGGCUUUCCCUUGUCUUUCUAGGAUUAAUAAUUACAGCUCACAGUUGUCAAAGCAAUCGUAGUGAUUUUGAUAGUAAAUAUCAGUAUUUUAGUGAAUCCGAAAGGCUGAAAUCAAGAGAAGAUGCAAGACGUAUGUUCUACUUCGGAUACGAGAGCUACAUGCGAUAUGCCUUUCCUCAUGAUGAACUGGAUCCAAUACAUUGUACCGGCAGAGGACCAGAUCGUAAAAAUCCAACUAAUAUUAACAUCAAUGAUGUCCUGGGGGAUUACUCAUUGACGCUGGUGGAAGCCCUCGGAACCCUAGCUGUCAUGGGAAAUAGUACUGAAUUCAAAUUAGCUGUUCAGCGUGUUAUAGAUAAUGUGCAUUUUGAUAGAAAGAGUACAGUUCAAGUCUUCGAAGCUAAUAUAAGAGUGCUUGGCUCAUUAUUGUCUGCUCAUAUGAUAAUAAAGGAUCCUUUACAGCCAUUUGGGGACAUGAGUCCAGAUGAUUAUGAUGAUGAACUGUUGACCUUAGCACAUGACCUUGCCAAUAGGCUUGUUGAUGCGUUUAAUAAAUCUCCUACUGGCAUCCCAUAUCCUAGAGUUAAUCUAACUUCAGGGGAAGCAUUAAGAGACAGAUCAGAUACAUGUUUAGCGGGAGCUGGCUCUCUUCUUCUCGAAUUUGGGGUCCUCAGCAGGCUUCUAGGGGACCCAUCCUUUGAAAACCUUGCAAGAAAAGCAGUUAACAUGUUAUGGGCCCAAAGGUCUGCAUCUACUGGACUCUUUGGAAAUGUUAUAGAUGUGAGGACAAAAGAAUGGAUUGGCAAAAUGAGCGGCUUAGGCGCUGGUCUAGAUUCAUUUUAUGAGUAUUUGCUUAAGGGCUAUAUUCUAUUUGGGGAAGUUGAAGACUUAAAGCGGUUUAAUGACAUCUACAAGCAACUUCAUUUACAUCUUAGGAAAGGCCGAUUAAAAUGCCUGGAGGGUUCUGGAGAAACACCUGUGUAUGUCAACGUUAAUAUGAACACCGCGAAAAUUGAGAACGCUUGGGUGGACUCGCUACACGCGUCAUUUGCAGCGGUCCAGGUACUGAAAGGCGACAUUAGCGAAGCCAUUUGCACGCAUGCGCUAUUUUACCAUAUAUGGAGGAAGUACCAGGCUCUUCCAGAGCGCUUUAACUGGCACCUGAAGCAGCCUGAUGUAUAUUUCUAUCCGUUGCGACCCGAACUGGCCGAGUCGACAUAUGUGCUCUAUCAGGCAACCCAUCACCCGUUCUAUCUUCACGUCGGUCGAGAAAUGCUGAGGGACCUUGAGACGCACGCGAGAGCAGAGUGCGGCUACGCCACAAUACACAAUGUGCUGGAUAAAUCCCAGGAGGAUCGGAUGGAAAGCUUCUUUUUGAGUGAGACGUGCAAGUACCUGUACCUGCUUUUCGAUCACGAAAACCACGUCAACCAGGACGCUUCCAACUACAUAUUUAGUACUGAGGGUCACCUCUUUCGCCUGGACACCAGAUUUAGGAAACGACCCUGGGAUGUCAGCCCUGUCCGACGACUUCGACCGCGCCCUAAAAGUCAACUCAUAAGCCGCGUUACCAAGCAACGAAAUGACACCUGUGGGUGUGAAAGUAUUGACGACUAUGACCGGCCACUUCCUCUCGACGUGAAGUAUAUGUUGCAGCUAGAACGGGAAGUAGGACUCUAUGACUGAGGCACUACAAUAGAGAUGCCGGCUUGACAACUGAUGGAAACGAUUAACAGAAGUAGUCAAUGGGGCCAUCGGUAAUCCCUGCUUUAUUACCAGAAGACAAUGAUGGGACACGAGCGAAAAGGAAGAAAAUAAUCAAACUUUGUUUGAUUGAGAUAUUUAUGCUGCAUUUUAUAACUGUUAUUCAAAAACACUAUUUGUAAAAUGAAAUAAAAUUGAUAUUUUGCUUAA